UUCUAUACAGAUCACUCUUUUGAGAUAAUUAUGUCAAAUCUCGCCAGACUCGAAAUCCUUGCCCUUGAUGUAUCUGGAAAAAAUUAUAUGACAUGGGCAUCGGAUGCACGAAUGCAUCUGAGAUCGGAUGGGCUUUUAAGCACCAUCGAUCCGUCGAAAACGACGUCAGAUGAGGAUAAGGCCAAGGCCAUGGUGUUUUUACGCCACCACCUCCACGAUAAUCUGAAAAACGAGUACAUCACGAAAGAAGAUCCUGUAGAUCUUUGGCAAUCACUCAAAGAUAGGUUUGAUCACCAGAAAUAUGUGAUCUUACCAAAGGCUAGACAUGAGUGGUUAAAUCUCCGGUUCUUGGAUUACAAAAGUGUUGGUGAAUUUAAUUCCGCUAUGUUCGGAAUCACCUCCAGGAUGGCUUUGUGUGGCGAAGAAGUGAGCGAUUAUGAUAUGAUCGAAAAAACGCUCUCAACUUUUCAUCCUGGAAAUGUAAUCCUGCAAGAACAAUACCGGACCAAAGGAUACACUCGAUUUUCUGAGUUAAUGCACGUUCUUCUUGUUGCUGAACAAAAUAAUCAACUCGUGAUGCUGAAUCAUCAAACUCGCCCAACUGGAUCAGCUCCACUUCCAGAAGUGAAUGUUGCUUCAUCCAGUUAUAAUUGGCAAGGACGAGGACGCGGACGCGGUCGAGGCCGUGGCCGUGGUCGUGGGCGUGGAGGAGGUCGUGGCCGAGGUAGAGGAAGAGGUCACUAUUCUAAUAGCUUCAACGCUGGCAAAGCCAACAACGAUCUUCAUGUAAAUGAUGCCAGCCGCAUUAUAAAGAAAAAAGAUGAGAGUAUUUGUUACAGAUGCGGCAUGAAAGGUCAUUGGUACCAAACUUGUCGUAUACCAAAGCAUUUGGCCGAUCUAUAUCAAGCGUCUCAAAAGGAAAAAGAAAGAGACGUUGAGACCAAUCUCAUCUCAAAUGAAGCUGGACCUUCCUACCAUGGUCUCAAUGAUGAAACUCAUCUGGAUAUCGCAGAUUUCCUCGUCAAUCAAGAGAGUGGAAAAUCAUGCGAUUAAAAUCUUUAUGUAAAAUAUGCUUGUAAAACUUUUG